GCUUCCGGUUAAGUCCCUAAGGGAAACGCCGCAUGCACAGAAAACAUGACGGGAAAAAGAAAAUCAUUUUCUCUUAAUGACAAACGUAGACUCAUCGAAGCUUACGACAAACUACCAAAAAUGAGCCAACGAGCUGCAGCAAGGAAACUUGGUAUUCCUCAGGCUACUUUGUGUACUCUUCUCAAACGGCGACAAAUAGUCCCGGCUGCUAAUAAUGGAGACAGAAGACGAAUCCGCUCGGGGAAAGCACCCGUGGUUGAAGCUGCGCUUGUUAAGUGGAUUGAUAAUGCUAAGUCAUGUAAUGCUCCCCUAAGCGGCCCCUUGGUGAAGGAAAAAGCAGAAGAAUUGGCAGCAAAACUGGGAGAGGACAAUUUCAAAGUUUCCAUUGGCUGGUUUGAGCGAUUUAAAAAGAGAGAGAACAUUGUUUUUAAGAAACUGCAUGGGGAGGCUGCUGAAGCUGACAUGGUGUCACCUGGUGAAUGGCUUGAGGACCAGUGGCAACAGAUGAGACAAGAAUACACAGAGGAAAACAUUUGGAAUGCAGCUGAGAGUGGAAUUUAUUUUCGAGCACUACCUCACAGUACUUUUACCUUUAGAUCUGACAAUAAAAUAGGUGGGAAGAAACUUAAGGAAAGGAUCACCGCUCUCUUCGCCUGUUCUGCUGUCGGGGAAAAGAAGGAACUUUUUGUUAUUGGCAGAAGUCAUAACCCCCGCUGUUUCAAUUAUGUGCACACACUUCCUGUGAGGUAUGCAGCCAGUGCUCCUGCAUGGAUGACUCGCAAUCUCUUUGUGGGGUGGUUGAAGGAAUGGGAUCGAAAAUUGGCCCAAGAGAGAAGGAAAAUUCUGCUGCUUGUUGACAGUUCUCCAGCGCAUGACAUGACAAACACUACACUGAGAAACAUCCGAGUUGAGUUUCUGCCGAAGAACGCAACCUCCUUCCUCCAGCCAUGUGACCAGGGGAUCAUCAGAACAGCUAAGGCUUAUUUUCGCAAGGAGAUGGCACGCACUGUAUUGCAGAAAGUUGAUGAGGGGAGCCCAGCUACUGCUGUAGAUAUAGUAAAAAAAAUCAGUCUCCUGGAUGCUGUUCUCAUGCUACGGGAUGCCUGGGCUGAUGUCGGGGCCUCCACAAUAAGAGAUUGCUGGAGGAAAGUAGGUCUGGUCAUGUCGCUAAAGGAGGAACUGGAAACUAUUGAUCCACCUGCUGAGAUCAGCGCUGAGGAGUUUGAACACUGGAUUGCAGUUGAUGACAGUACACCUGUAUCAGAGCCUGUUACCGAUGAUGACAUCAUCGCGGCGGUGAAAGAGGGCUUCGGUAUGGGUACCGAUACCAGUGAUGAGGAGGAGGAAAAAGUGGAGACUGUGGUGCCGUCCCGGGCAGAGAUGAGGAAUGCAAUCCGCAUUUUAAAGACUGGUCUGCCCCAUGUGGGUUUCAACAAUUUUGACCUGUUACAUCAAUUUGCAAAAGAAGUAAACUUGGUUUUGGACAAAACCACGAUCCGAAUUUGUGAAAUGACUUACCCACAUGUCACAGAGCCGAUACAUAAAACAGAGGUAGCCUGAUUUUUUAGUUAUUGCAGAAGACAUUAUGAAUUAGUUUGAUUUCAAAUUCUGCUACCUUUUCUGUAUUGACAGCCUACAGCUUAUUUUCAGUUCUGUUAAAAAUUGAGAAAUGCCAUGGCUUAUUUGCAAUACUGAUGUACAGUACUGUGUUUUGUAAACCACACAAUACUUUUAUGUUUUAUGCUAUAGCGAAAUAAUGAUUAGAAUUGCAUUAGGGUAUAUUUUGUAUACAGUACUCUACUGUUUUAAUGUGUUUGAAUUAUACACAGUUCAGUAGUUUAAUUUGUACAGUACUGUAAUUUUGAAAAGUACUGGGAACAGCUGUACUGUAUUUUGCAAGAGUCAAUAAAAUUCAGUAAAUAGU